AUGUCUUCCGACUAUGCAAAGAGCGACACAGCACCGGUGAAGAAAGGCACGGUACCUGCACUGUGGUCUGCAAAAUCCAUCCCUCAUAGUCCGGAGUAUGGAGAUCAAUACGCAUUGAUUGGAGACGCAUACGAGCCGAACCUAACAGUAGCGGCUGAAUGGGAAAUUCAUGACCCGAGAAGCGAAAGGUUGCCGUACUUGGCUCAUAUUAAAUCACUGUCAGCAUCGUGGAAGACACUCCGCCACUUGGCCGAUUGGAUGCAGGUCGGUACAACGCCACUACGAUGGAAAGACAUCAAGGAGACGCCUGGAGAGCGCGAACGGCGUGCAAACAAGACAAACAUCACGUUUGUUGAGUACAGGCCCGCCUCCAAACCCAAAGCAAUCCCCAUCAAGACACCUUCGGCACUUCGUGAGACUCUUCAAUCGUUAUCACAUGAGCCUUUGAAGGAAGCUCCUCUUCGGUUAUUCGUCGUAGAAGACCUUUCUCAACAAGUCAUAGAGCUUCUGGGACAGCGCUUCGAUAUUGAUCCACUGUUUUUCCGUGAACAGAUUGCCGAUUAUGUAUGGUACAAUACUCGAGACCCAUGGGCAGCACCGCCUGCUCUCGUUUCUAGCAUGAAGCACCGCCAAUGGUUUAGAAUGCGAAACAUGCGGUUACGAUACCACAGGACAGUGGAAGAGUUUGACGAGUCAAAAGCAGAGGCUAACACUUGGAAUGUGCUACGCCGUCCCGACAACGACGAGAACCACUGGCAUUACAUGGACGAAGAAGGCGCCGUAGUGUCUAUCAUGCGUACACGCACUUGCAUGUGGAUUGGCAAAGACAAGGAGUGUGGAUAUGGAACAGUUGGUAUCGUGUUACUGGAUCCAACAAUCAGUCGAGGACAGCCACUUUGGUAUGACCGUAGUAACUGGCUACCGACCCCAAAGAUGGAAACAAAAAUCUAUCCGUCGAUAAAAUCAUCCGUCUCGUGGUUUGAAGACGUUGUGCAAAUGACAACCGCCUUCCCGUGGUUUGAACGAUCAGAAGGCCACGAAAUCAACGCCCAAGUCCUCGCCAAACCAACCAUCUACACCAUCUGUGCGGAAUGGCUCGUAGUAUGCGACUACGUGAAAGCGCGCCUGAGCCAGAUAGAAUGGGAGCUAGAAAAGCCGCACCUUUUCCGAUCAAAAGGCGACGCCAUUGACGACUCACUGAACCGUCUGCAUACAUGGCGCCGCCAGAUACCAGUUUUCCGGGAAAUGGUAGCAGAGACACUGGAGCACGCGCUGCCAGCCGCAGCACGCCUGACAUCACCAUCGCCCCAGCCCGCAACCGCACCAUCUUCACCUAUUUCUUACACACCCCGGUCUGUCAUACCGGACAAUGUUAUCAUUAAUUUCGACAACAUUGACGGCUUCGAAGACAUCGUGCCAGAUUUCCGACGCGUCCUCGCUGCCGUCAACGAACUCCAGGAACGAGUCGAUCGUCUUACAAGCAUCGUCACAUCCGAAAUUUCCAUCGAAGACUCGCGGCGCGGACUCAAGGAGGGUCACGACAUGGCGCGCAUCACGUGGCUGGCUACUGUAUUCAUCCCGCUGACAUUCGUCGCGGGCUUGUACAGCAUGAAUGAGAGUGUUUCGGCGCUGAAGUCGACAUACGGAUGGUACUUUCUCACUGCGAUCCCGUUCACGUUGUUUGUUAUGGCGAUUGGGUGGGCAGUUGGCGGUGGGAGCUUGAGACCGUGGAAGAAAACUACUAGUACGACGCAGAGGGGGGUGGCUGUUAUAAAGGAUAAGAAGGUGAAUUGA